AAUGCUCGAGUUGUGUUAUGAGAGUCAAUAACGAGUACAUACCUUGUGCCAGUGAGUGACUUCCAUUUGAGUCUUCGUCUGGAAUCCGAGAGAUUAAAUAAUGGAAACAUGAGGGAUCAACGUGGACUAGGGCAGAAGCAGAAGAAAGUAGACUCUAUGUGGAUGUAUGUUGCGAUGCACACUAUGAACAGAGCUGGCUGCGUAUGCCAGUGGCUGACUAAGUUAUGGAGAUCGCCGAAGGGCUGCCUCUGGGCUAGUGAUGCAUCGGGCCCGGCCAGUAAGGCCCUCGGGCCUCAAGGCUCAGGCCCUUUGGGCUGAGCCCUUGUAGGCCAGGCCAAAGCCACGCCCAAGGUGAGGGCCUUUUAGGGCUUUGGGCCUGGCUUGUGAGCUAAACUAAGGACAACAACGAAGACAAGAAAAAAUAAGGAGACAUAAGUAAAUUUUAUUUCUAAGGGGACAUUUCUAUACAGUCCUAGUGAAAUAUGCCAUGGAAGCGUAUAUCAUCGAGAUGGGUAAAAAUGAGCGUGGAAGUGGCAAUAGAAAAAUAUAAUGAUGGUUACUUGAAUGACUGGAGCGGACGAGAGCAGCGAAGGACCUUACAGAGGAUGUCGGAGAUGUUUUACCGGCAUCAUAAUGGUCACGUACUACCACCAUCAACUUGCUCAUUGUUCAUCUUCUACUCGUAUCCCAUCGGUAUUACAUCGGUAUUACAACACACCAAUGCCCAAGUCAAAACAACGGGUAUCAGACCUUGUGACGUGCGAUCAAUGUGGGGCAGUUGUCUGUGUAAAGAGCAGGAACAGCUGGAAGAUGAGGAAUUCACUGAUAUAGUUCGGAAAGCCAAAAAGAAAGAACUUAGAAGGCAGCGUCGUAAGGUUCGCAAUAAUCUACUAUGUUUUGAGGACGCACAGUCGUCUGCUACAGCGAGCGCCACCGCGAUCUGGGCAACAGAAUCAGACAUGGUGCCAGAUAAUCAAGGGUCAUCGCCUCAACGGUACCCACCAAUGGACCAUGACACAACAUUACCUGACUUCUAUGAGCCUGAUCCUGGUCCCAACAAGCCUAAUCCUGGUCCCAACAAGCCUAAUCCCGGUCCCAACGAGCCUAAUCCUGGUCCCAAUGAGCUCACUCACAAGCUCGAUGACAUCCAAGUCGGAUAUCAUCCCCACAGCCAACUCCCUUCCACUGAUCAGACUAAUCACCUUCUCGAUCUCGUGCAUCAAUCUGCUAGCAGCAAAGAUACAUUCACGUUGCAAAAUCAUGACGAAGUUCGUUCCCUCUGGGAUCUUUCUUCACAACAUUAUACUAGAAGGCGCAUGAAUUCGACAUGCACUACCGCCCUCUCUGGGAUUGGGCGCUUGACUUGUUAUGGAGAAAGAUUUGUACGUUUUAUCGACGAACCGUGGACUGCCAAUGCAUUUUGGAAUGCACAAUCACACCUUCCCCCGGAUGCCAAACUGCUGGCAUUCAUUCUGUAUGCAGACAAAAAUAAACUAUCAUCAUUUGGGAGCCAAAAAGGCUAUCCGAUUAUCGCCUGCAUUGCCAACCUGCCAGUUCAUAUUCAUAACAGUAAUACUGCCAUAGGAGGCGGUCGUGUUGUUGGCUGGUUGCCCAUUGUUGGUGCAUCAGGCCGAUUCAGAACACAUGAAGAAGAAGAACUUCUUGCCUCGGUUGCAAAGCACUCAAACACGGGCUAUUGGUUUGAAUGUGGGGAUGGAAUCCAACAUCAUCUCUGGCCCUUGGUUUUGAUCUUGAGUGCCAAUUAUGAAGAACAAUGUGUCAUGACAUUGAUACGUGGACUUACGGGGAAAUUCCUGUGUCCAGUUUGUCUUGUUCCACAAGAUCAGCAGUCUGAUCUUCGUACCCACAAGCUACGCACAAGCCGCCAAUCUGAAGCCAUACUCCAUACUGCGAGAUCAAUGUCUUCUGAGAAGGAAAAGGAGGAUCGCUUGAAGGCUUUCUCGCUCCGAAAUGUUCAGAACGUCUUCUCGAGAAUUAUUCACAUGGACGUUCAUCACGCUCUUCCUUUCAACCGCCUCCAUACAAACAAGGAAGGAUUAUGGGGCGACCAUCUGUGGAAGGAAGUGAAGUUUUGGAUUGCGGAUCUUGGGCAGGAAGCCACCGUCAAACUCGACCAAAAUUUCGACGCACUUCCACAAUGGCCUGAUUUGACGCAUUUUUCCUCCGUUAUUGCGGUGGAUUUCACUGAUGGUACUGUUCUUGGGGAUCUGUCAAAGGAUAUUCUUUCUUCAUCCCACUGUAAACUGGGAUACUUACUUCUUCGCUGCCUUCACUAUUACAUUGAGUUUGACAUCUAUGCCUUGUUCGAAGUCCACACGGAAGAUAUGAUUGCAGCUGGAAGGUUGGAAUAUAUCGCUGAAUCGCAGCCUGAAACAUUGAAAAAUUGGAACUUUCCAAAGAAGCAUUUAAUCUCGCAUGUAUUCGACAAUAUUUCAGCUAAAGGUGUGACCCGCAACUACAGUACCAAGCCCAAUGAAAAGAUGCACGGCUCUUUUCGAAAAAUCUACCUUCAACACACGAAUUUCAAGAACAUUGCUUCUCAGAUCCUGCACUAUGAUGAGUGGCUUCUGACCUCGACGUCCAUGUGCACUGAACUCGACGAACUUGACAAGUACAAUCAAAGAGACUCUCGUGACCCGGAGACCAAUGAAGCCCUGGAUGAUGCUGGAAACCCUGAAUCUACUACUGUCCAUGCACAUUUAGGUUCAAGGCAAGGCAAUCACUCCUUUUCCGAUAUCAUGCACUCACAUGGAACUGAUAGGGCCUUCACUGACUUUCGGAUGAAGCUUAACGGCUUCCUGAACAUUUUUCUACCACAAAAUGGCAUUCCAUUACCAGAUGGAAGGCGCAUUCACCUGCGUGUGGACGACACGGUAACAGAGUUUUGGUUUUUGCGGAUUCAUUAUGAAUCAAUAGUCAACUGGUGCCUGCACUGA